ACGGAGCACUUCCGGUGCCCAGGUGCUGGGUGGCCAAGCAGAUAGAGGAAAAUGGAGCCUGCCCCCACGCCCCGAUCCUGGUCCUGCUUGUGGCUGUUUCUGCUCCUGGUUGGCGCAGAGUGCGCCAGCGGUCCCCGUACCUUAGUGCUGCUGGACAACCUCAACCUGCGGGAGACGCAUUCGCUUUUCUUCCGAAGUCUGAAGAGCCGGGGCUUUGAACUCACAUUCAAGACUGCUGAUGACCCCAGCCUGUCCCUCAUUAAAUACGGAGAGUUCCUCUAUGACAAUCUCAUCAUCUUCUCCCCCUCGGUAGAAGAUUUUGGAGGCAACAUCAACGUGGAGACCAUCAGUGCCUUUAUCGACGGCGGAGGCAGUGUUCUGGUAGCUGCCAGCUCAGACAUUGGUGACCCUCUUCGAGAGCUGGGCAGUGAGUGUGGAAUUGAGUUUGAUGAGGAGAAAACGGCUGUCAUUGACCAUCACAACUAUGACAUCUCAGACCUUGGCCAGCAUACGCUCAUCGUGGCAGACACUGAGAACCUGCUGAAGGCGCCGACCAUUGUCGGGAAAUCAUCUCUAAAUCCCAUCCUCUUCCGAGGUGUUGGGAUGGUAGCUGAUCCUGACAAUCCUCUGGUACUGGACAUCCUGACAGGCUCUUCCACCUCCUACUCAUUUUUUCCAGAUAAACCUAUCACCCAGUAUCCCCAUGCAGUGGGGAAGAACACCCUCCUCAUUGCUGGGCUCCAGGCCAGGAACAACGCCCGGGUCGUCUUCAGCGGCUCCCUUGACUUCUUCAGUGAUGCCUUCUUCAACUCAGCAGUGCAGAAGGCCACGCCUGGCUCCCAGAGGUAUUCCCAGACAGGCAACUAUGAGCUAGCUGUGGCCCUCUCUCGCUGGGUAUUCAAGGAGGAGGGUGUCCUCCGUGUGGGGCCUGUGUCCCAUCAUCGGGUGGGUGAGACAGCCCCACCCAGUGCCUACACUGUCACCGACCUAGUGGAGUACAGCAUUGUGAUUGAACAGCUCUCAAAUGGCAGAUGGGUUCCCUUUGAUGGCGAUGACAUUCAGCUGGAGUUUUUCCGCAUUGAUCCUUUUGUGAGGACCUUCUUGAAGAAGAAAGGGGGCAAAUAUAGCGUCCAGUUCAAGUUGCCUGAUGUGUAUGGUGUGUUCCAGUUUAAAGUGGACUACAACCGGCUAGGCUACACGCACUUGUACUCCUCCACUCAGGUGUCAGUGAGGCCACUCCAGCACACACAGUAUGAGCGCUUCAUCCCCUCAGCCUACCCCUACUAUGCCAGUGCCUUCUCCAUGAUGGCGGGGCUCUUCAUCUUCAGCAUCGUCUUCUUACACAUGAAGGAGAAGGAGAAGUCGGACUGAGGGGCCCAGGGCCCUGGGAUUCCUUAUAGCACGGAGACAGAGGAUUUUUGUUAGAGGGUUUGUUCCUUUAUGGUGGUUUGUUUUUUUAAAAGCUCUGGGACAAUGGCACAGGCUUACCUCAGUGGGAGAUGCAGGAUUGAGUACCAAGGGGUAGGGUUAGGGAAUAAUUUUUAUGUACGUUUUUCCCCCUUGAAUUGCUGUGUGGCGUUUUUCGUAUGUGCAGUCACCCUCAUUUCUAAAAUAAAGAGAAACUGCUCCCUGAAACUUCA